CUCUGAAAAAAAUGCGGCCGAAGUUAUCAUAUCGGUACCUCCAUGCUUACCCACAGUGAUUUAAAACACCGUACGACGCUUCCGUUAAUUGCUUGUCAGGAAUUAAGACGAAAGUUAAUUGCCUACAGAACUCCCAUCAGGGAGUUCGCAGUCGCUUUCAGACGUGCCACUAACACGUCAUCACUAGUGGUACUUUAAGUGUCUUGUACACAACGUUACCAGGACCUUCAACAAGGACUUGUCAUCGGGGAGUUUGGAGUCGCUGUCAAAUCCGCCGCCUCCAGGUCAUCACAAACGGCUCUCUAAGUGUCUUGUAGACAACGUGACCAGUAUCUUCGGUGAGGAUUUAUCAUCAGGAAGUUUGCAGUCGUUUCUGGACGUGUCCCCUGCAGUUCGUCACGAAUGGUACCGUCCUACGGACUCCUCCGGUCAGCGAGUGCCCAGACAUGAAAUCACUCACGCAAGAACAGCCGACGCGCUGGUUUCAUCUUCAAACCCUCGUACUGUGUGGAGUCUUCUCCCUGGGGACUUGCCACAAUUUCCUUAAGCCCUGCCGGGUUCCAGAGUCUCAAGAAAACCUGGCCGACGAAAGGCCAGAGAUAUCCAUCGGCUUCCUGGGCACCUUCAAUAACAGCAGGAUGCUGGGAAAGAUGGUGUCCGGCGCCGUACCCCUGGCUGUGUCGGACAUCAACAAAGAUGAUCGCCUCCUGCCAGGCUUCCGACUGACGUUCAAGCCGGAGAACGUGGGCCAGGUCGGGACGUCGGUGGCCAUCCAGAAAAUGACGUCACUCUGGCAGAGCGGAGUGGUCGCCUUCAUCGGACCCGACGAGAGCUGCUACGCGGAGGCGCUGGUCGCCGACGCCUGGAACAUGCCCAUGAUCACCUACCGCUGCUCGGACCUGAGGGUGUCCGGCCCGUCGUUCCGUACCUUCGCCCGGACACUUCCUCCCCUGUCCAAGGUGUCCAAGUCCGUCAUGUCCCUACUGCGCUACUACAAGUGGGACCAGGUGACGCUAGUGGUGUCCGACCGGGCGGACAACCGACUCAUCUCGGAAGUGCUUUCGGGGCUGGCCCGCGAGCACAACGUCACCGUUCAGCACACCUACUACGUGCCGGACAACUACAGGGACGACGUGAACGGCACCGUCAAGAAGAUCGUGCACGACUCGCACGCCUCAACACGGGUGUACGUGAUGCUGGCUGAGACCGGGGUGCUCGUGGACUUCGUGCGCUUCAUGCACGACGAGCACCUGCUAGAGGGCGGCGAAUACGUGGUCAUCUCCGUCGAGGAAGAAGACAUCUACGACAAGUCCAACAAGUAUCAGUACAUGAAGAAAGACUGGGAGGAUUCGCCCAAGGUUCGUCCUUUCCCGUUCCGCGCCGUGCUGCUGCUCUCACCGAGCGUGCCGGCCAGCGACCAGUACCAGAAGUUCUCGGACGCCGUGCUGCGGUACGCCGAGACACAGCCGCUCUGCAUCCCCAUGCACACGGAACUCAAGUUCAAGGUUCCCAUCUACGCCGGCAUGACCUACGACGCCGUGAUGCUGUGGGCCCGGGCCGCCACCGAGGUGCUUCGAGAGAACGGCACCAUCAACAACGGCACGGCCAUCGGGGAGAAGAUACGCAAGAGCCUCUACCGAAGUGCACUGGGCUUCGACAUCCGGGUGGACGAGAACGGGGAUGCCGAAGGGAACUACACGGUGCUGGCCUUCUCUAAGCCGGACGACGAGCAGCUCACGCCAGUGGGACGCUUCACCUUGGCUGAGAACACGAGCUCACUGCCCGAGUUUAAGCCAGAGCGGCCCAUUGCGUGGCUGGGCGGGGGACCUCCAGUCAGCGAGCCCAAGUGCGGAUUCAAGAAAGACAAAUGUGUCUCCAAGCAAGAUUGGAGGAUCUUGGUCAUCUGUGUCACAUGCGCCUGUGUUUUUCUGGUGUUCGGAAUUUUCGCAUUCAGGCACUACCACUACGAGUACAAGCUUGCAAGACUGCUCUGGAAAGUCGACAUGGAAGACGUCAUCACUCUGCGAACAAACUCAGAGUACAGCCUGCAGAACAUCAAGAACACGAUAAACUACCAGGGCUUCGACGUGACGCGCCUUGGAUUCGCCUUCCCCGACGAGCACCAGCUGCGGAAGUUUGACCGGAGGCUACACGGUCCACACCACAAGGGUUCCUCGUCGGUCCAGGACCACGACACCGGAGCAAACUCAGCCGGCAGGGCACGACCACGGGUCGGGUUCUACAAGGGCAACGUGGUUUUCAUAAAACCCAUUUUCAAGAAGAGCAUCGACCUGACACGAAGCAUCCGCAAGGAGCUCAUUGAGGUGCGGGAGAUGCGGCACGAGAACAUCACUCCUUUCAUCGGAGCCUGUGUCGAUCCUCCCAACAUUUGCAUUUUGACCGUCUUCAGCGCAAGGGGAAGCCUUGAGGAUGUUCUGCGGAAUGAAGACUUGGAUUUGGACAGCAUGUUCGUUUCAUCACUGGUGGCGGACUUGAUAAAGGGCAUGAUCUACAUUCACGACAGCGAGAUCGUGUCUCACGGGAACCUCCGCUCUUCCAACUGCCUGGUGGACUCGCGAUGGGUGCUGCAGAUUGCCGACUUCGGGCUGCACGAGUUCAGGGCUGCGCAGACCUGCGUCCCCCAGAAGGUCUCGGAAAACGCUUACAGAGGCCUGCUAUGGCGUGCACCGGAACUGCUGCGGCUGAUGAACCCGCCUGCGCGCGGAACCCAGAAGGGAGAUGUGUACUCCUUCGGCAUCAUCCUUUUCGAGAUCAUCGGGAGGGCGGGGCCGUGGGGCUCUUCGGACCUCCCCACCAAAUAUAUCGUGGAGCGUGUGCGGGUGAGGGACGAAAGGCCCCCGUUCCGUCCGCCCGUCCAGCAGCUGGUGUGUGCCGACUACGUGCUGCGCUGCAUGCAGGACUGCUGGGACGAGAACCCGGACAACCGGCCCGACUUCCGCUUCGUCAACGUCAAGCUCAGGCAGAUGCAGGCCGGGCUGAAGCCCAAUAUAUUUGACAACAUGAUAGCGAUGAUGGAAAAAUACGCGUACAACCUCGAAAGCCUCGUUCAAGAAAGAACGAUGCAACUCAUGGAGGAAAAGAAGAAGACCGAGAACCUCCUGUUGCGGAUGCUUCCCAAGUCUGUGGCUGAGCAGCUCAAGCGAGGCGAACAAGUCGAAGCAGAAAGUUUCGACAGCGUCACCAUCUACUUCAGCGACAUCGUUGGUUUCACAGCACUGUCCGCCGUUUCGUCACCCUUACAGGUGGUGGACCUGCUGAACGACCUGUACACGUGCUUCGACUCCAUCAUCGGCCACUACGACGUGUACAAGGUGGAGACCAUCGGCGACGCCUACAUGGUGGUGAGCGGACUGCCCCUGCGCAACGGGGACCGCCACGCCGGGGAGAUCGCUUCCCUGGCCCUGCACCUGCUCACGGCCAUCCAGAACUUCGAAAUUCGCCACCGCACCGGGGAAAGGCUCAAGCUCCGCAUCGGCAUACAUUCGGGUCCAUGCGUCGCCGGGGUGGUGGGGCUCAAGAUGCCUCGGUUUUGCCUCUUUGGAGACACUGUCAACACCGCCUCCCGCAUGGAAUCGACCGGCGAAGCCCUCAAGAUCCACGUGAGUGAAGCCUGCAAAAAUAUCCUGGAAAAACUUGGAGGCUACAGACUAUGUGAAAGGGGACUUACGCCUAUAAAGGGAAAGGGGGACAUGCGGACAUUCUGGCUUCUGGGCAAAGAAAAUACUCCCGAGCAAAUUCCUCUCCCGGACCCAGGCGUCCUUGCGAACGACCAGUGUGGCUCGGAUCAACACAACUCGCCCCAAACUCCGGUUUCUUCGUCGUCGCAUCGUUCCACUUCCAGACUCCAAGUUCCGACGCUCGCCGACCCUGAGCCUUUGUUCCCGCUGCUCCAGCCCAUAGGCCGUGACAACGUCCGCGGCCGUCGCAACGGGUCCUGCCGUGAACGACGUCACGGCUACCUGGAAGAACCCUGCCACAACUGUCGCGGCGUCGACGGCGAGUGCUGCCGUUGCUACCACGACGUCAGCCUCCUCCUAGGAAGCGAGUCCGACCCCGAAGUGGAAGGACAGGCGUCUCGAAGCCGCAAGAGGCCCGCGGUUCAGCAGAACUACAACAGCUGUCUCAGCUUGUUCCAGGAAUGCAAGAAGAGCCUCUUGCGGGAACUCAAGAAGGACUCUAGAACAGGUGCGAACGGCUACCGAUCGGCUCCCAUCAUUACCCUCAGGGAGCGCAGCACGCCGGACUGUAUCCUCUAGGUACCACAGCUGCGCCCAUUGUUCCUUUGUGGAAAUGUGUUUAAGUGCCUCGAUUCACGUGAGUGGCAUCCCUGUGCUGAAGACACGGAAGCAGACACCGUCCAUCACUGGUACCAGGACGUCCUCUUGGUGUAGCUGCUGUCACCUGUCCAGGACUGACCGAAACCUCACAGUGGCAUCAAAGAUAUUAAGAAUCCGCCUUCUUCUCGUACUGUAAACUAAGUCUCGUGGGCUCUCGUAUAUUGUAAAGUAAGUCGCAAGGGUUCUCAUAAGCCCCAUGACAGAAUGCCACUAAACACCCUUCGCGGCAACUACGAGCAAUGUCCGCAGUGCGUUGGCUUCCUCUCUAAGCGGCGCAACAGCGACCUGCUGGAGAAGACGAUAUCAACUGGUGCGUGAGUUUUUGUGCAAACGACCGUAUGAGGAGACAUUGCUUUCAACGAAUGCCGUUCAUCGCCUCAGACACUCUUGGGGUGAUUGUGAGAAGCAUAACAUGCAUGUGCCUGUUGCUGGAGAUGAGCGUGGAGGAGAUCCUCGUUGUGACCUGCUGUAUACAUCUAUCUUUAUACACCGAACUUCAUUCCAGUGUUACCGCGAGUUUUACAAAAUGAGCGUGAUUUCCUGGCUACACGUACUGCGCGUAUCUUGGUAUUCACUGAGUGCAAAGACGAACCUAUUGAGGUUUUAGGGAGUUGUGUCCGAAGAUAUCAUCACUUGUCAAGUCUAAGCCAUUAUGUCCUCCGAUAUAUUUUAGUUCCGGCGUCCAAAGAUUCAGCCUUCGAAAUGUGUCGUGUUUCCUGCGCGGGCGUGUGGACACCGAAACCCUCAAUACUUUGAAAAAAAAAAAAGAUUAUUCCUCUUUAGCCUGCAUGCCAAAAAAAAAUAUUUGAUCUGAUUUUAUCUAAUCAUUCAUCACCAUUAAGGGUUUUAUUUCUUUAAUUCCUCGUGUUCUUAAGAUUGCCAAAACAAAGAAACACCGACUCUUCUGAAUAAUAGGUUGCUUGAAUUAAGGACUUACUUUAUUGCAAUUUUGUGAACAAGCUAGUCAUAUAAAUUGUUUUGCGAUUGCCAGACAUAAAAACGCUCUAGUCUUCUUAAUGUAUCAAGUCCAAUGUAUUUAAAAUAUUACAUAACGAGUGUAUCGCACGUCAAAUCAAUUUCAUCUUUCACGAUCUUACAGGUUGCCAAGCUUUUAGACAAAACUUGUUUAAGUUUUCCUAAUAACAUCCACACAAGCAGACGGACACAAUUUAUGCGUAACAUUGACAGAUAUUUAUUUAUUUAUUUAUUUAUGAUUAGUUGAGUUAGAAAGAACACUUCAUUAAAACCAUCUCUUUAAACGCCACCAGUGUUUCAUGCAAUCUAUGAUGUGUUCAUUCAUGACUCUGCGAUUUUACAAACUAGUCUACUUCUAGUCCAAGUUGGCAUUGAACAACGAUCUUUCUAGGGCACCAUAUUACGGGUCAUAAAACGAAAUAUGAAACUAAUUCACUCAAAACUGUUCUGCUUCUGUACCUCAAAUGCUGAUGCACAUGGUCAUUUGCAAACGUUAUAUAUAAAUUGUGUUUUGUCUAAAAUUAAAAAAGACUACUUACACUUUUUUUAAAAAUUAAAUAGAGUAGUGAUAUUUUAAAAGAUUUCCGUGUAAUGUGGUCAAAAGCUAGUUUUCUUUUUUGGUAUUGAGAUGAAUGAAGUGAACGAAGCUGGAUAAUUCAAUAACAUAGUACAGAUUAAUAAAAAAAUAUAAAUCUAAGUUCCAGCAAGAAAAGCCUAUUGGAUAUCACAGGACAGAUUAUUCUCACAAGCAUAUUGAAAUCAAGCUUGAAAAUCACGACAUUUUUACGUCGAUCUAAUCAAAAUCUAAACAUACGUCUAGACGUCCUUAAAGUGUUUGAGAAGAUUCAAACAACGUGUUGUAACAGGGUUUCCGAUUUCGGGUGCUAUUUACGGAGUUUUAUAGUACUCUUAUCGACCGUCCCAAGAAAAAGUUGUUAACUGAACGGUGCUCACUGGAGACUGCACACUUGUUAUUGUCAAUAAAGGGAAGGUGUCCAUAUAUCCAAACUCUAUC